GGGAGGGUCUCGAACACUGUCCUGCUCCUCUGAGAGAGAGCCCGGGCCGGGUGGAAAUCGGGCACCCGCGAGCCGCAGAGACGCGCGGCAAACACCAUGGAACGAGCGGGCCCCAGCUCCGUGCGGUCGCAGCAGCAGCAGCAGCAGCGGAACCAGGAUUGGGUGGAAGCGUGGCUGGAUGAUCACCGGGACUUUACCUUCUCUUACUUUGUUAGAAAGGCCACCAGAGACAUGGUUAAUGCAUGGUUUUCAGAGAGAGUUCACAACAUCCCUGUGUGCAAGGAAGGCAUCCGAGCCCACACUGAGUCCUGCUCCUGCUCUCUGCAGCAAAGUCCUCAUGCAGAUAAUACCACCCCUGGAGCACCAGCCAGAAAAAUCUCUGCCUCUGAAUUUGACCGACCUCUUAGACCCAUUGUUGUCAAGGAUUCUGAGGGAACCGUGAGCUUUCUCUCUGACUCAGGAAAAAAGGAACAGAUGCCACUAACCCCCCCAAGAUUUGAUAGUGAUGAAGGGGACCAGUGCUCAAGACUCUUGGAGCUAGUCAAAGAUAUUUCCAGUCAUUUGGAUGUCACAGCCUUGUGUCACAAAAUUUUUUUGCAUAUCCAUGGACUCAUUUCUGCCGAUCGAUAUUCCCUGUUCCUUGUCUGUGAGGACAGCUCUAAAGACAAAUUUCUCAUCAGCCGCCUCUUUGAUGUUGCUGAAGGUUCAACACUGGAGGAAGCUUCAAAUAACUGUAUCCGUUUAGAGUGGAACAAAGGCAUUGUGGGACAUGUGGCAGCUUUCGGUGAGCCCUUGAACAUCAAAGAUGCUUAUGAGGAUCCCCGGUUCAAUGCAGAAGUUGACCAAAUUACAGGCUACAAGACACAAAGUAUCCUUUGUAUGCCAAUUAAGAACCACAGGGAAGAGGUUGUUGGUGUAGCUCAGGCCAUCAACAAGAAAUCAGGAAAUGGUGGGACCUUCACUGAAAAAGACGAAAAGGAUUUUGCAGCCUAUUUGGCAUUUUGUGGGAUUGUCCUUCACAAUGCUCAACUCUAUGAGACAUCACUGCUGGAGAACAAACGAAACCAGGUGUUACUUGACCUUGCUAGCUUAAUUUUCGAAGAGCAGCAGUCACUAGAGGUCAUUCUGAAGAAAAUAGCUGCCACUAUUAUCUCCUUCAUUCAGGUGCAGAAGUGCACCAUCUUCAUCGUGGAUGAAGACUGUCCUGACUCUUUCUCUCGUGUGUUUCACAUGGAGUGUGAGGAAGUAGGGAAAUCCUCCGAUCCUUUAACAAGGGAGCACGAUGCCAACAAAAUCAAUUACAUAUAUGCUCAGUAUGUCAAAAACACGAUGGAGCCACUUAAUAUCCCAGAUGUCACCAAGGACAAAAGAUUUCCCUGGACAGGUGAAAACACGGGACACGUGAACACACACUGCAUUGGAAGUUUGCUUUGCACACCUAUAAAAAAUGGGAAGAAGAACAAAGUCAUAGGUGUUUGCCAGCUUGUUAAUAAGAUGGAGGAGAAUACCGGCAAGAUUAAAGCUUUCAACCAAAAUGAUGAACAAUUCCUGGAAGCUUUUGUCAUCUUCUGUGGCUUGGGGAUCCAGAACACGCAGAUGUAUGAAGCGGUGGAGAGAGCCAUGGCCAAGCAGAUGGUGACAUUAGAGGUCCUGUCCUAUCAUGCAUCAGCGGCGGAGGAAGAAACAAGAGAGCUCCAGGCUUUGUCGGCUGCUGUGGUACCAUCUGCCCAAACCCUUAAAAUAACUGACUUCAGCUUCAGUGACUUUGAACUGUCUGAUUUAGAAACAGCGCUGUGUACAAUUCGGAUGUUCACUGACCUCAACCUUGUGCAGAACUUCCAGAUGAAACAUGAGGUUCUUUGCAGAUGGAUUUUAAGUGUUAAGAAGAAUUACCGGAAGAACGUUGCCUACCACAAUUGGAGACAUGCCUUUAACACAGCACAGUGCAUGUUUGCUGCCCUGAAAGCAGGCAAGAUUCAGAACAAGUUGACGGAUCUGGAGAUACUUGCAUUGCUGAUUGCUGCUUUAAGCCAUGAUUUGGAUCAUCGUGGUGUGAACAACUCAUACAUACAGCGGAGCGAGCACCCCCUGGCUCAGCUGUACUGCCACUCCAUCAUGGAGCAUCAUCAUUUUGACCAGUGCUUGAUGAUUCUGAACAGCCCAGGCAACCAGAUUCUCAGUGGCCUCUCCAUUGAAGAAUAUAAGACCACACUGAAAAUAAUCAAGCAAGCAAUUUUAGCCACAGACCUAGCACUGUACAUUAAGAGACGAGGAGAAUUUUUUGAACUUAUACGAAAAAAUCAAUUCAGUUUUGAAGAUCCUCUUCAAAAGGAGUUGUUUCUAGCAAUGCUGAUGACUGCCUGUGAUCUCUCUGCGAUUACUAAGCCCUGGCCUAUUCAACAACGGAUAGCAGAGCUUGUGGCAGCUGAAUUCUUUGAUCAAGGAGACAGAGAGAGAAAAGAACUUAACGUGGAGCCGGCUGAUCUAAUGAACAGGGAGAAGAAAAAUAAAAUCCCAAGUAUGCAAGUUGGGUUCAUAGAUGCCAUCUGCUUGCAGCUGUAUGAGGCCCUCACCCACGUAUCAGAAGACUGUUUGCCCUUGCUGGAUGGCUGCAGGAAGAACAGACAGAAAUGGCAGGCCCUCGCAGAACAGCAUGAGAAGAUGCUCUUUAAUGGGGAGAGCAGCCAGGCCAAGCAGGACUGACAACCUCCCUCAGCCCCGCCCCCACCCCACUCCCACCGUGUGCAAACUGCCCUAGGCCUGGUUCCACCAUACACUAUGCAAACUUGAGUGCACUUUGCCACUGCUGUAUUUUAUUUUUGCACAACUUUUGAGAGCGUGAAGUGUUUCAGAGAGUGCUACCUGCUUUGCAUACUUUUGUUUUAUGCCACUGAAGUGGAGCGAUCAAUCUUGCCCGCUCUAACGCUCUGAUAAGAACGGUGUAACAUUCCUACACUCAGCGUUGUCAUGCUUGGGAAUUAUAAAUAACUGACCUUUGUGUUUCUGAGUCACCAGUCUUUCAAAACACGUUAAAAAUCGUUCUCAAAAGUGGGUUAGGGGCGAACUGAAUGUGUUUGAGGACGUUUAAAGCCAUCCUGAUAUUAAUGCUGAAUGGCUGUUAGGGAGAAAUGAGUAUCUUUUAAUUUGUCAGAAGUGUCUUAACCAAGUUGAAGAACUGUGAUACAAGAAAACGUGGUACCUAAUUGCCCUGCUCUUUCUGGGAUGGGGAGAACUUGCAGUACAUCUUUGUGGUUCCACCCCAUCCAUGCAGCCGCAGCCCUUCAGUAUGCAGUUUCAGCACUGCGUCUAAAACCCGGGACAUAGCACACAAAAGACACACACACACACACACACACACACACUGUCCCAAGAAAGAGUGUAUGCUAGAAAUGGGAGGGCCUUGGAUCGCCCUCAGCCAAGAGAAAUGUUUUACUUGAAGGCCGUUCUUACAAGCCACAUUUUUAAAUACUGAAAACUUUAAAACUAUUUGUUUUUUUACUUUUCUUUUCUCCUUAAUUCAAAGUUUCAACAGAGCCGUGGUCACAGGAGCACCUGCCUGAAGGCAGAUGUGACUACAGAUAUGCCAGUGCAAGUUGAGUCUUUAUUCCUUCUGCCAACUGAAAUUGACAGGGAAAAAAUAUUAAUAAUUCUAUGAGCAGCAGAGGGUUGCCUCCGAUAGGCAGGCCCAUCAUUGAAUUCAAAGGAGCAGUAUGUGUAAAUCUUCCUGCCCAAACAAGACAGCAUUCAGUAUUGGAAAUAGAAAAAGAAUCAAACCAAGCAGCUGCAUUAGGGGACGAGUAUCUGUCUGUUCCAGAUUGCAGAAAUGUUUGUGUUUGGGCAGAAUUAGGAUUUGAUUUAGUAAUUUCUACCCCUUUUCCACAUCCUUCCAAAGAAGGCAAAAUAUUUGGUCUGGGUUCCUAGCAUCAAUUUACAUUAAAAUGGUUUCUUUCUCCCUUUCCUUUUUGCUUAAAAUUCAACAUUGUUAUUUUAAUCCUGUGUAUGUAUAUUUUAUUGUGGCUUUGUUUUUCCUCAGCUGUGAAAAGGCAAAGCAGGUGUACUGAUAUUGUUUUGUAUUGGUCAAGGCUAACCCAGGGAAUUGUUGCCCAAUGCUAAAUGUAUUCUUGUUGUAAUACUUGUAUUUUUUUUUUCAGAAUUUUAUUUUAUUUUUAUUUCAUGUCAUUAUAGAUGAAACCUGUGAGGUUGAUCUACUGCCCUGGUGUGUAAAUGAUACAGACUGUAACUAAUAACAGUCAUAUCAGCAUACUUGUACAUGCCCAUGCAGAGUAUAGAUGCACGGCUUAGAGGACAUUCUACAAGCCUGGCACUGUGCCCCACACACUGUGACAGAGCAGCUGUGUUGAAAUGCAUUCAUAUACAUGUGUACCUUCUCCACACUCCUCUGACUUAAAUCACUGAGAAUAUUUUUAAAGGUGACAGAUUAUAUGUGGGGGAUUUGUCAGGGGGAUUUGACAGGCAAAAAUUCCUGUGUAGAUUGGAAAUGAUUUGGCUUGUUUUAGGUAAUGGUUUGUUUUACUCUAGCCAUUGACAUAGGAAAAGCACUGCCAUGCCUGUGAUGUUUUAUUGGUGGGUGUUUUAGUUUGGACAGAGGAGGAUGCCAUUUCAUUCAAAUAAUUUUUAUUUUAUAGGAAAGCCAAUCCUCCAUACAUGGAUCUCUCUCUGUGGUACAAGAACACAAAUCAUAGUUUUCGUUCUUAAUGUGAAUUUUGCCUUUGUAGUAUCUGCUCGAGUUGGAAUGUAUUUAUCACAUUAUAUUGUUAUAAUUCCUCUCUCAUGCUGUCAUGAAUCAAUAAUGCCCAUAAUGAACAAGAAGGUGUUCUUGUCCUGGACUGUUCAUUUGACAAAUUGCUUCGAUGGCUGUAGUGAAAUAAUAUGAUAUCAUUUCAUUUUAACUGUCAGCCAGAAAAAUCCCCGUGGUUUGGUAACUUGUCUUUCUGAUCUUAACAAGUUUAGAAGUCGCCUUUGCCAGUCAGGAUGCUUAACCCAAGGAAGCUGUGGUCCUCACGGAGUUAGGUUUGGACAAAGCCCGUGUGUGAGGGCCAUGUUCCAGGAAGCAGGUAGCUCUUAGGCUCUCCUUAUGGGCCUUUGAGACCACUGUUGGGAAAAAAAACGGGGUAUUGAGGUAAUGACUUCAUCGCACUGGUCAUGUCUUCCUUGAGUUCUUGAGAUGGACCACAAGUACUAUUAAGUCUCCACACAGACCUGGCUCAGGGCAUACAUGUGGGAUGAUACUCUGUCACUGGUUGGCUAAUUAUGACAAAGAACUUCUUUUAGCAGCAGCAUGGAGAUAAGGGUAUAUAUGAAAAUGUACUGGAAAUACUGGUUUCUUGGAGGAACUUGAGUCACAGAAAUUCUUGCCUACGUACAAGUUAAGUGCCUUUCCUCUCAGAACGUUGCCGAAGCGUGAGGCUUAGCACCUAUUACAUUUCCAAAUUUCCUGUGCUUCUCACUAGAUUACACUUCUAAACCUUAUCAGGUAAGUGGCAUGGCCUUUUUCUUUAACUUGAUUUAAGAUGAGAAGAGACGAAAUGUUCUCUGCUCUCCUGUAAACAGCUGUCUCAGAUAAGGUGGCAGAAUUUAAUUACCGAGUAUCAACCAUGCAUCAGCCUGUUUUUUAGUAAAUCCUCUCCUUAUGUUAGGUACAGUGCUCAGAUGCUGAAACAGCAGGAAGUCCUGUGAGCUCACGAACCACCCAGGAAAUGACUAAGGGCGUCAUUUCUCAUCCCGCCAACCUAACAUGCAAGCGUGCAGGGCAUUCCACCACGUUCCUCUGCAUCUGUAACGUACACACUAUGCACUUUUAUCCAAAAUUUCUUAAGAAUAUGUCAGUGAACAUUCUGUCUUCCUGUUGGCAUGGGUCAUUUACCUUGCCGAUAGCUUUAAGAACACCUUACGUAAGGAAUCACCUCUUCCACAACAUAGGUCAUGUUUCCAUAUUGCAACCAGACACACAGAGAGAGACAGAGAGAGAGACAGAGACAGAAAGAGAGGGAGAGAUCAGAGUUCUCACAGACUAUUCAACUGCAGAUUUGGACCCUAUCUGACCUCUCACAGAGAGCAAAGAAGGAACUAUUAAAGCUUACCUCACCCUUCCACCUUGUUAUCAAAAGCCUGUGUAGACAUGUCUUGAAUGUCAUUGAAAGUGAUGUAAAUAGCUCAAAAGUAAAUUUCUAUUACAGUUUAAGAACUCUAACGAACCAUCACUCGCCACUGUUGAUGAUCUAUUUGUACUCUUACGCCUUUUCAAUAUAUCUGAACAAAUAUAUAGUUUCUGGCACUAUUUUUAUACUAGCAUAAAAGAGUUACUAUGUAAAUUAUGUUUUUGCUGUGAAGUCAUCUAAAAAUGACUGAAAUGUUGGUCUCUUUCCUUUCCUCAUCCCACAUUAUAAGCCAUUUCCAAUGAUCCUUCUGUGGGAGUGUCGCUCUCCAGAAACACACGUCCUCCUGCCCCAGGUCCCUGUGGAGUCACACCUGGUCAGGGCAGGUGGGAAGUCACCAUGUUGUCGGCUGUCAUUUUGCAGUGCUGUAAAAAUAAAGUGAACAAU